GCAGCUGAUGCGUCCUUUGGUCAGAGUAGACAAACAGCUUGCUGUUGCUCUGCUGCACUUUUGCCGCUGCGCAGCUCACUCACUUUAUAAAGAGCAAAGCAGAGAAAAAGUGAGUCUGAUUGUGAUAUUUUGUUUGUUCCGCCAUGGUGAAACAACGACGCGUCAGAGCGCAUUCCUCUUGCGCACCUGUCGCGCCUUUUUGUCGCAGAAGAGGAUCUCUAAAGACUCUCACGGAGCCUGCCAUCUUUGCCAAUGAGACCAGCUGUGACUGUCGCGCGCCUCAUGAGAAGCUCACCAUUGCUCAGGCCUGCAAAGGCACCCCAGUGGACCGGCCAGUCAGAGUCUACGCAGAUGGCAUCUUUGACCUAUUCCACUCUGGACACGCUCGUGCUCUCAUGCAGGCCAAGAAUCUCUUUCCAAACACCUACCUCAUAGUAGGAGUGUGCAGUGAUGAACUAACCCACAAGUACAAGGGCUUCACGGUCAUGACGGAGCACGAACGUUACGAGGCGCUGAGACACUGCCGCUAUGUCGAUGAGGUCUUGAGAGAUGCACCCUGGACUCUCACGCCUGAGUUCCUUGAGAAACACAAGAUCGAUUUUGUGGCUCAUGAUGAUAUUCCAUACUCCUCAGCAGGAAGUGAGGACGUUUACAAACACAUCAAGGAGGCAGGGAUGUUUGUACCCACGCAACGCACAGAAGGAAUCUCCACCUCUGACCUGAUUACGAGAAUUGUCAGAGACUAUGACGUCUACGCCCGACGCAACCUUCAACGUGGCUACACGGCCAAGGAGCUUAAUGUCAGCUACAUCAAUGAGAAGAAGUACCGGCUACAGAACCAAGUGGAUCGGAUGAAGGAAAAAGUUCGCACAGUUGAGGAAAAGAGCAAGCAUUUUGUUUACCGCGUGGAGGAGAAGAGUCACGACCUCAUUCAGAAAUGGGAAGAAAAAUCCAGAGAAUUCAUCGGAAACUUCCUAGAAUUAUUUGGACCUGAUGGGACAUGGAAACAAGUGUUUCAGGAGCGCAGUGGUCGAAUGCUCUCCUACGCUCUGUCUCCCAGAGAGUCGCCCAGCAAUAGCCCUCCCCGCGAACUUUCCCCCCUGCGCUCACCCUCUCCCCCGUCUCCCCCCGCCCGCUGGCACAACGCGCGGCCCUCGCCCCCCACCUCCCCAAAAGGAGCGUCUGCCUCUAUAAGCAGCAUGAGCGAAGGGGAUGAAGACGAGAAGUAGACGGUCACACCAACCUGCGCACGCGCACACUCACACGCAAGCACACCUCACUCACAAA